GCUCCUCUAAGCAUCCACUCUCCUUUGUCUUCACCAGUUCUCCCCAACCCUAUAAAACCCACCUCCUCAAACCCUCAUCCUCCACUUCAACCACCACCACCACCAGUACUACUACCACCUUCUCUCCUCCCUCAAAACUUCAUAUAUCUUUUUCCGACAUGGCUGCUUCUUCAAUAUUCAUGGUAGUCCCCAUCACAUUUUUCAAGAGAAAUCCCACAUUCUCCAUCAGGUGCAUGGCACAGACACCACAAAGUGGUGAAACCGGGAGUUCCAAACAAGCAACCACACCAAAUAUGACCAGUACUCCUCCACCGCCUGCACCGAAGGUCAGCUCGAAGUUCUCUGAGGUAUUGGCAUUCAGCGGACCGGCACCGGAGAGGAUAAACGGAAGGUUGGCGAUGAUCGGGUUUGUGUCGGCGAUGGCGGUAGAAGUGAGCAGCGGUCAAGACGUGUUUGCCCAGAUCGGCAAUGGCGGAGUGGCGGUGUUUGUCGGCACUAGCAUGGUGUUGACGUUAGCGUCGUUGGUGCCGUUGUUUAAAGGAGUGAGUGUGCAGUCGAAGUCGAGUGGACUGAUGACGUCAGAUGCAGAGCUUUGGAAUGGACGGGUUGCGAUGUUGGGGCUGGUGGCUUUGGCUUUCACUGGAAUGGACGGGUUGCUCACAGGAACAGGAGAUGUAAGCUAAGUUAUUGUUAAGAUACCUUAAAAGCAAAACGAUCACAAAACCAUUAUAUAAUAUAACAAGUUAUUCGUGAAAUGGCCAUAUUUUGGCCUUAUAUAUAGUGAUCGUGACAUUUUUCUUAUUUCUUUUUAUAAAAAAUGACGUCCGU